UGGAGGCAAUAACUAGUCGUGUUUUGGGGACGCAAGAUACGAUUUCUGCUGAAUCUGGAGGCAUUUUCACGGGUUUUCCUUCAGUUGAGCGUUUUCCCCCGGCCCAGAUGCUCUUCAACUCGGUACUCCGCCAGCCCCAGUUUGGCGUCCCGAGAAAUGGAUGGUCUUCACAAUAUCCUCUACAGUCCCUUCUUACUGGUUAUCAGUGCAACUAUAAUGAUGAGCACACUUCUUACGGAGAAACAGGAGCCCCAGUUCCUCCUUUUGGAUGUACCUUCUCUUCCGCUCCCAAUAUGGAGCAUAUACUAGCAGUUGCCAAUGAAGAAGGCUUCGUUAGGUUAUACAAUACAGAAUCACAAACCAGUAGAAAGAAGUGCGUCAAAGAAUGGAUGGCUCACUGGAAUGCUGUCUUUGAUUUGGCCUGGGUCCCUGGUGAACUUAAGCUUGUUACAGCAGCAGGUGAUCAAACAGCCAAAUUUUGGGAUGUAAAAGCUGGUGAGCUGAUUGGAACAUGCAAAGGUCAUCAGUGCAGCCUCAAGUCAGUUGCCUUUUCUAAGUUUGAGAAAGCUGUCUUCUGUACAGGUGGAAGAGAUGGCAACAUUAUGGUCUGGGACACCCGGUGCAACAAAAAAGAUGGAUUUUAUAGGCAAGUGAAUCAAAUCAGUGGCGCUCACAAUACCUUAGACAAGCAAACACCUUCAAAACCUAAGAAGAAACAGAAUUCAAAAGGGCUCGCUCCUUCUGUGGAUUUCCAGCAGAGUGUUACUGUGGUCCUCUUUCAAGAUGAGAAUACAUUAGUCUCAGCAGGAGCUGUGGAUGGGGUAAUCAAAAUAUGGGAUUUACGUAAGAAUUAUACUGCUUAUCGACAAGAACCUGUAGCAUCCAAGUCUUUCCUGUACCCAGGUAGCAGCACUCGAAAACUAGGAUAUUCGAGUCUGAUUUUGGAUUCUACUGGCUCUACUUUAUUUGCUAACUGCACAGAUGACAACAUCUACAUGUUCAAUAUGACUGGAUUAAAGACUUCUCCAGUGGCUAUCUUCAAUGGACAUCAGAACUCUACCUUUUAUGUUAAAUCCAGUAUUAGUCCAGAUGACCAGUUUUUAGUCAGUGGCUCAAGUGAUGAAGCAGCCUACAUAUGGAAGGUCUCCACACCCUGGCAUCCUCCAACCGUGCUCCUGGGUCAUUCUCAAGAGGUCACAUCUGUAUGCUGGUGUCCAUCAGACUUCACAAAGAUUGCUACCUGCUCUGAUGACAAUACACUGAAAGUCUGGCGCUUGAAUAGAGACUUAGAGGAGAAAUCAGGAGGAGAUAAACUCUCCAUAGUGGGCUGGGCCUCUCAGAAGAAGCGAGAGGCGAGAGCCAACCUAGUAACAGUGACAAAUAGCCAGAGUACUCCUGCCAAAGCUCCCAGAGUAAAGAGCAGUCCAUCCAUUUCCUCUCCAUCAUCAGCAGCUUGUGCUCCAAGCUGUGCUGGAGACCUCCCUCUUCCUUCAAAUACUCCCACCUUCUCUCUUAAAACCCCUCCUGCCAAGACCCGAUCUCCCAUCAGCAGAAGAGGCUCUGUGUCCUCUGUCUCUCCCAAGCCACCCUCAUCUUUCAAGAUGUCCAUUAGAAACUGGAUGACCCGAACACCUUCCUUAUCACCACCCAUCACUCCACCUGCUUCUGAGACCAAGAUUACUUCUCCAAGAAAAGCCCUCAUACCUGUGAGCCUGAAGUCGUCUCAAGCAGUGGCUUGCUCUGAGUCUAGAAAUAGAGUGAAGAGGAGGCUAGACUCAAGUUGUCUGGAGAAUGUGAAACAAAAGUGUGUAAAGAGUUGCAACUGUGUGACUGAACUGGACGACCCAGUUGAAAAGCUUCAUUUGGAUCUGUGCUGCCUUGCUGGUAACCAGGAAGACCUUGGUAAGGACUCUCUAGGUCCUACCAAACCAAGCAAGAUUGAAGGAGCUAGUAUGAGUGUCUCAGAGCCUCCUUCUCCUGCCAGUCCUUAUGCUUCAGAAGGCUGUGGAACACUACCUCUGCCUUUGGGAUCUUGUGGAGAAGGCUCUGAAGUGGUAGGCAAAGAGAAUAGCUCCCCAGAGAAUAAAAACUGGUUAUUGGCCAUGGCAGCCAAACGGAAAGCUGAGAAUUCAUCUCCACGAAGUCCAUCAUCCCAGACCCCCAACACCAGGAGACAAAGCGGAAAGACUUCUCCAGGCCCGGUCACCAUUACUCCCAGCUCCAUGCGGAAAAUCUGUACAUAUUUCCAUAGAAAGUCCCAAGAUGACUACUGUAGUCCGGAACAGUCAACAGAAUUGUAGAUCUCAUCUGA